ACUUUUUCGGAAAAGUUUAAAAAAUGACUUCGUUGCAAGCUCUGCCUUUCUUCGCUAUACUGGCUAUAGUGUCAGCUACACCGACUCAACCGCUUGAAGCCAGCUGUACAGUUACUUCCUAUGAUAAUAUCGCUGCCGCAGUUAGUAGCUGCACUACGCUGACCCUAAAGGAUAUUACAGUACCGGCCUCUACUACUUUGUCACUCUCCCUAAAAACAGGUACCACAUUGACAUUGGCUGGUACUUUUAAGUGGGAAUAUGCUGAAUGGAAGGGUCCUCUGUUUGAGAUCAAAGGCAGUAAGGUUACUGUGAAGGGAGAUUCUGUUACUUUGGAUGGAAGAGGUGCAAAAUGGUGGGAUGGAAAAGGAGAUAAAGGCAAAAAGAAGCCAAAGUUUUUAAGAAUUAAAACUACAGGCGGUUCAACCCUUAAAGACAUAAAACUCCUAAAUUGCCCUCAUCAAUGCGUCUCUAUCAAUAGUGCUAGUGAUACGACUAUUGAUAACUUUUAUUUGGAACUUUCUGCAGGAGAUACUGCAGGUGGACACAACACUGACGGAUUUGAUAUCUCUAGUUCAACUGGUAUCACAAUUGAAAACUCCAUAGUGAAGAAUCAAGAUGACUGUGUUGCUGUUAAUCAAGGAUCCAAUAUGAUUUUUAAAAACUUGACUUGUAGUGGUGGGCAUGGUCUUAGUUUAUCCGUCGGUCAAAGUUCAGAAAAUGGCUCCCCAAAUACUGUCUCUAAUAUAACUUUCAGCGACUGUACUGUUAUGAAGUCUGAUAACGGAAUUCAUAUAAAGACUCAUUCUGAUGCAGGAACUGGAGCUGUUAAGGAUGUUACUUACAAGAAUAUUAAGCUUUCUGGCAUUAAGAAAUACGGAAUCAAUAUUCAGGAAGAUUACGAGAAUGGAAGUUCUAGUGGAACUCCAAAAGGAAAUAUUCCAAUCACUAAUUUGGUUCUAAAUUCAAUUACUGGAAGUAUGACUGGUGACUCAAAUAGUAUGGCUGUGUAUAUUCUCUGUGGAACUGGUGGUUGUUCUAACUGGCAGUGGUCCAGCAUAUCUAUUUCUAGUGCCGCUAAAACAAAUAAAUGCAACUAUACUCCAACCGGUUUUACAUGUUAAUUUUGGCUAUUUGUAAUUACCUACAAACAAAUAAAGUAAAGCCUAAUA